UCACCGCCACCACCCGGGCCAGGGAGCUGCAGGACGAGGCUGCCCGUUAUUGGAUAGAUCAGGAAAUCAUGAUGGAGCUGGGUCUGGCCAUGGACUGGAUUGAGUGGGCUGUGAUGGACACCAAGCAUGAGGCACAGGGUGGCUGAGUGGUGCCAAAGAGCCAUCGAGGACAUCCCAAGGCUCCUUCGACCCCCAGAGCGUCCCCAGAGUGUCCCCAAGGUGUCCCCAGUGAGCAUGGAACUCCAAGAGCUGUCCCUGGCCCUGCUGCAGCCACAGGUCACCGUGGUGGCCAUCCUUGGCGAGCUGCUGGCCACCCUGCCUAGUCAGGACGAGAUGAUACUGUUACUUAUGGCCCCAAGAUGGCUGUACUGGGACUUGGUGGACUUCACCAAGGAGUUCCAGACCACCCAGUACUGCUUUGAUGACACCUGGUGGCACAAUGUCAUCUCCGAUGAUGAUGAUCCUGUCACCUCCCUGAGCCAGGGCCUGGCCGCCUGCCAGAGCACCCCAUGGACCACCCGGAUGCGUGUGACAAUGGUGGCCAGGAAGUGGCAGCGGUUGGUAGCUGUGCUUGUGGACAGGUGGGCCGAGCUGGCCAGGAAGGCCACCAAGCUCCGCAACACCUGCAGGAAGGUGGUCAGUGAGGCGGCCUACAGGGUGACCACCUUCACUGCCCAGGGAAGGGACCCGCAGGACAAGGCUGCCCGUGAUGGGACAGCUCAAGAAAACAUGGUGGAGCUGGGUCAGGCCCUGGGCGGGGAGGAGGGGGCCGAGGUGCUGGCCAGGCAGGAAGACCAGGUGAGGACAGAUGCCAUGGUGGCUGCCAGCAAGGCAACAAUGCCACCAAGGUGAGACAGCGGCUGGAGGUGGCCCUGGGGCUGCUGGAGCACUUGGUGGCCGCGUGUGACGAAGCCACCACGUUCCCCCGGGAGCUGCAGCUCAGGGUUCGGGACAUCGAGGCCACCCUGAAAGAGAUAAAUGAGGCAUCCCCCAAUGUCCCCGAGGCCUUGAUGGCCAAGGUGGCCGUGGCCGAGCAGCUGUGGGAGGCCAAUGCUCGCCUGAUCAAGGAUCACCUGGUGGGGACACUUGAUGACAUCAUUGAUUUCUUGUUCACUGAUGAUUCUGCCAACCCCAGUGCCCGUGAGGUGGCCGAGCGGUGCCAGAGAGCCAUCGAGGACAUCCCAAGGCUCCUUCAACCCCUGGAGCAUCCCCAGAGCGUCCCCAAGGUGUCCCCAGUGAGCAUGGAGCCCCAAGAGCUGUCCCCGUCCCUGCUGAGGCCACAGGUCACCGUGGUGGCCAUCGUGGGUGAGCUGCUGGCCACCCUGCCCUGGCGGGACGAGGAGAUGCUGCCCAAAUCCCAGCCCAGGUGAGGGAAGAGGCCAGGGUGGCUGCCAGCGAGGCAACCAGGGCCACCAUGGUGAGACAGCAGGUGGAGGUGGCCCUGGGGCUGCUGGAGCGCUUGGUGGCCGCGUGUGACAAAGCCACCAUGUUCCCCUGGGAGCUGCAGCGCCUGCUCAGGAACAUCGAGGCCCCCCUGGAGGGGACAAAUGAGGCGUCCCCCAAUGUCCCCGAGGCCUUGGUGGGCAAGGUGGCCCUUGCCAAGCUUCUGUGGGAGGCCAACCUCCGUGUGGUUAAGAAUCACCUGGUGGGGACAGUUGAAUACAUCAUCAAGUUCUAUUUCUUUGGUCAUCGCACUGGCCCCAGUACCUGUGUUGUGGCUGAGUGGUGCCAAAGAGCCACCGAGGACAUCACAAGGCUCCUUCGACCCCAGGAGCGUCCCCAAGGUGUCCACAAGGUGUCCCCAGUGACCAUGGAGCUCCAAGAGGCGCGAUGGGGCGGAGAGGGAGAUGGGGGGAUGCUGGAGGGGGCAUGGGGGCUGGCACGAGGUGGCAGCAGGACAAGAGGCUGACAAAGGGACAGAGAGGACAAAGGGGACCCCUCAGGGUCAUGGGGCCACUGCAGGAUGCUGUAAGUGCCACCGGGUCCCUGACACCUCCCCUGUCUCCUCCCCGUAUGUCCCCUCCACAGCUGCAGGCACUUGUGGCCGUGGUGGCCACCCUGGGAGAGCUGGUGGCUACCGUGACUGGGCCACACAGAGCCAAGUGCCUGCACAAGUCCCCAGACUCCCUGCAAGAGGACCUGAGGAGAUUCACCCGGAGCCUUCAUGCGAUCCUGGACCACGGCAGUGUCACCUCCCUGAGCCACUGUGAUGUCUCCUCCCUGGGCCAGGCCCUGGCCACCCUCAGAGCAACACCUGGGACCACCUGGGCUGAUGUGAGAGCUGUGACCAGCGCCUGGCAGGAGUCGGUGGCCAGGCUCGUGAACAGCUGGGACUGGCUGGCCAGAGAGGCCACCGAGCUCCGUGACACCUGCAGGGAGGUGGCCACUGCUGAGGCCGCUGUUGCAGCCACCACCAAGGCCAGGGACUGGCAGGACACGGCCGCCUGCUUGGGGACAGCUCCGGAAAACAUGGUGGCCAUGGAACAGGAGCUGCCACUGGCCCUUGGCAGGGAGGAGGGGUCUUGGCAGUGACUUCGUUUGAGGCCCAGGUGGUGGUGGCCACAACAAGGUGCUGGCGGCCACCAUGGCCAUGGGAGGGGCUGUGGUGGCCAAGAGCCAGGCAUUGAUGGCCACCAGGAGGGGACAGGAGGUGGAGGCCCCCUGGGGCUGCUGGAGCACUUGGUGGCCACGUGUGACAAAGCCACCGCCUUCCCCUGGGAGCUGCAGCGCCUGCUCAGGGACAUCGUAGACACCAUGGAGGGGACAGAGGAGGAGUCCCCCGAUGUCCCCGAGGCCUUGCCAGCCAAGGUGGCUGUGGCUGAGCGGCUGUGGGUGGCCAACACCCGCCUGGCCAAGGAUCACCUGCUAGGGGCACUUGAUGACAUCAACAACAUCUUCAAUUGUGAUCCCAGCAGCUCCAGUGCCCCUGUGGUGACUGAGAAGUGCCAAAAAGCCAUCGAGGACAUCCCAAAGCUGCUGCAGGGAUGGUGAUGUCACUGCCAUGACAUCAUCACAGUAGUGACAUCCUCAGGGGUAUUGCUGCUGUCACCUGUGCCCUCCCCGUGCAGUAUUUGAGACAAAUUUGGGGAAUUUUCUGGGAUUUCUCAUUGAUACUGUCCAAAAUCCUGAUGGGAAUUCCUGGGGUGACGUCACUGGGGACACUCAGGGACACUCAGGGACAGGGGACAGGGGUGAAUGAGUCCCCUCAGCAGCUUCCAGCUUUCCACUGUGCCUGCAGCAGAGCCGAGUCAUAAAUUGCAAUUUUAUAAAUGGCUUCUGCAAUUCUGCAUUGGUUUGUGCACUUUUGUAUUGCCUUUUACACAUUGCUAUUGAUCACCAGCAAUUUGAUAUGGUAUUUGAUACUGCUAUUAUCAGUGAUUCCUUGUAGCUGCUGGUUGGUGCAGUAUAAUCUAUCAGUUCAUGUGUGCACCGUACAGCCUAUAAAUAAAUAUUUAAAUAAAUAAAUAAAUAAAUUAUUAUUCUCUAUA